AUGUUGGGCCUCUCGUACGAGCAGCGGUCGUCGUUCCGCUCCGAGCGCUACAGCGUCCAGGGGAGCAAUUCGGAACCCAAAAACGGUGCCUCCUCACCCACCGUACCCCAAUCCGGAUUCCCCUCUCAUUUCUAUCCACAAAAGCAGCAGUGGCCCGCCCUAUCGCCCCGUCAAGCCGAAGCCGUUCAGCGGCUCGCCCCCAAGAAGAUGGGCAAUUCGCUGGUGCCCGAUUUCCCGUCAGAACAUCGUGAAGGAGGGCAGACAAAGGCGCAGGCGUCACCUGGCGCUGCUCAACCAAACCAAACCACCUACAAGGAGUUCAUCGCCGCCCCAGUGUCCCCGAAACCAUUCGGAAACUAUCCGGAAUUGAAGAAUGUCCAACUCUAUCGGGGACCAUCUAAUAUUUCCACUCCCAUGCCAGUUGAGCAGCAACAGAAACCAGAAACCAGACCCCAACAAGUUCAGCAGGUUCACCAGAUCCAGCCGGCGCCUCAAUUGCAGCAGGAAUCGGUGCAUGAGCAACCCAAUGCCACGAUGGAGACGAAGGUCUCGGGCCAGGGCCAGCCGAAGCGCGUCGGCCGCUGGACCCUCGCCCAGCUCCGUCAGACUGAUGGUAUCAUCCCGAGCCAGGCCGGUUGGAACAAGGGAGACUCCCAGAAGUUGAUGACCAACUUCGGUACGCCCAGGAACACCAAGACUGGCGUCAAGGCCGAGAACCUCAAGGAAAUCCCGGAAGAUGUUCUGAUGCGCACCCACGGUGAGGUCCGCCUCCAGUCCGGUACCAACAAGUAUGCCUCCCAGCGUGGUAUGACGAACUUCGGUUCGGGCCGUGAUGUCUGCCGUGAGUCCGUCCGCGUCAACCAGAACCCCACCGAUCUGCCCGAGCUGCCGGAGGAGAAGAUCCGUCUCUCCGAGGGUAUCGUCCGUCUCCAGGCCGGUACCAACAAGUACGACUCGCAGAAGGGUAUGACGUGCAUGGGAACGGCCCGUCGUGAGACGACUCGGAUCAAGGAUACGGCUCGCCCAGACUAUGAUCACGAGAGACCCGAUCAGAGCGAGAUCCCGCUCCAGUCCGGAACCAACAAGUUCGCCUCGCAGAAGGGAAUGACGUGCAUGGGAACGAACCGUCGUGAGACAUGCCGCAUCGUCGACACUGCUCACCCGGAUUACAACCCGGAGUCGUCGAUCGAUUCGUCGACCAUCCCGCUGCAGAUGGGUACCAACAAAUAUGCCUCGCAGAAGGGCAUGACCAGCUUCGGGCAGGGACGCUGGGAGGUGCUCGACCCGUCGAUCUCGUGGCAGAACAGGAAGUCGCAGGGUAUGGUCCGUCUCCAGUCCGGAACCAACCGAUUCGCCUCUCAGGCCGGUAUGACCGGAUUCGGAACGAUCCGAAACACGACCUACGAGGCCGAGGCCGGUGAGCUGCCAUAUGAGGACAUGAAGAAGUCGGAGACCAUCAUCCCCAGCCAGGCCGGAUGGAAUCGCGGAGACUCGCAGAAGAACAUGACCUGCUUCGGCGCGUCCCGAGACGUUAAGGGCAAGCAUCUGAAGCGCAUCUGGGAGCUGGAAUACCCGGAGGAGGCCGAGAUCUCCCUUGAUCGGCUG